CUGGCCAGGGGAUUAAUCGCGAUAUCCCUGGAAUUACUUGCUCCUGCUCCUCUCAGCAACCCCCCCCCCGCCCCCGUGCGGUAUAUUCUGUCAUUCCGGCUUUAAACGUGUGGAAACCCGGGGGCUGGUGGCGAGAGUGGCCCGGCUCUGGAGCCAGAUAUGUGGGUUCGAAUCCCGGCGCCACCCACAUCUCGUCGUGCGACCGUAUUCAAGAGCAGCAAAUGGGUUUCUUAUGGAGGUGUGUGUUGAUUCAGUGGAGUCAGCUGUAAAUGCAGAAAGAGGAGGUGCUGAUCGCAUUGAAUUAUGUUCUGGCUUAGUGGAAGGAGGAACCACACCCAGCAUGGGUGUCCUUCAAGUAGUGAAGCAGUAUGUCCAGAUACCAGUUUUUGUGAUGAUUCGGCCACGUGGAGGUGAUUUUUUAUAUUCAGACCGUGAAGUUGAGGUGAUGAAGGCUGACAUUCAUCUUGCCAAGCUUUAUGGUGCUGAUGGUUUGGUAUUUGGGGCACUGACUGAAGAUGGACACAUUGACAAAGAACUGUGCAUGUCCCUUGUGGCUAUUUGUCGUCCUCUGCCAGUCACUUUCCACCGAGCCUUUGACAUGGUUCAUGAUCCAAUGGCAGCUCUAGAGACCCUCUUAACUUUGGGAUUUGAAAGAGUAUUAACCAGUGGAUGCGACAGUUCCGCACUAGAAGGACUACCCCUAAUAAAGCGACUCAUAGAUCAGGCAAAAGGCAGGAUUGUGGUAAUGCCAGGGGGUGGCAUAACAGACAGAAAUCUACAAAGGAUCCUUGAGGGUUCAGGUGCUACAGAAUUCCACUGUUCCGCUCGGUUGGCUAGAGAUUCAGGAAUGAAGUUUCGAAAUUCCUCUGUUGCUAUGGGAGCCUCUCUUUCUAGAUCAGAAUAUUCUCUAAAGGUAACAGAUGUGACCCAAGUAAGGACUUUGAAUGCUAUUGCAAAGAAUAUUCUGGUUUAGCCACACCUCUCUGAGAGAGAUGGAUAUCACUGGACAAAGGUAGAAGAAUAGUCUACAGUUCUCUAUGACACAGCUUUAACCUUCUCUGGCCAGGACAGUCACAGUCUUUGUUUUAAGUCUUACAUUACCAUGGAGAAUGUUUCCAAGAAGAAAAAGAACUUGAAACAGAAUGCAGUCAUUUCCUUUGCUUAAUCUUGUCGACCAUCUCCAUCAUCAUGGUUAAAUCUGGCCUAGGCUUCUUCCACAAGUGGAGGCUUAGUCUGUUUUCAGUGGAAUUAACUGAUGAGCUGGGAAAAUUCAACUGCAAGGUGGGAAAAUUCAACUGCAAAGUAUGAAAAUUCAACUCAGAUGUGACUUCAUGGUCAACUCAGUAGCAGUAUUUUGCCUUUUCAUUUGUAAAAUAAAAAUUGCCAUUCUAUUA